GAAAUUUAAAUAAUUUUAAUUUUUCUCAUUUUAACAGCUAUGACUUUUCAAGAUUAAGCAGAGAAAAUAUUUGGAAGCCUGUAAAAAGCUUUAAAACGAUUAGAGUUAGAAUUGGAAUACAACUUUGAAAUAAUUUUGACCAAAUAAAAACCUUAUUAGGAAUCUUUGGGGUUGAUAGCAGAAUUAGAAUAAUUAGUAAUGAUCAGAAAUUCUGAGAUUGAAGUAGGAGGUUAUCAAGAGAUGUCUCAAUCAGUAUCAUUAGAUGAUUAAGAUCAUCAUCUUUUGAUGACUUAGUUGAAAGAUAACAUAAAUUUGGUGAAUGAUUACAAAUAACAAAUUUAAGAAGUAUGACAAUAAUAUAAUAGUAUAGAUUAGACGUUAAAAUUAGCUCAUAAAUAAAUUAGUUAAAGAGCAAUCCCAUACUAGCUCAUAAAAUCAGUCCUUUGAAUAUGAUUAAGAAAAUGAUUAUGAAUUUAAUUCAAAUUUCAUAUAAAAAAGAUAAUAGAAGAAUGCAGAGAGAGUAAAGGAAAUAGAGAAGAAAAUUAAGGAAAAGCAAAAAAAUUUAUGCAAAAUGUAAAAAAAGAUUAAAGGUAAGGAGAAAGAUUAUGAUUAUCGAUUGCUUAAUUAAAUUGAAAGAUUGGAUUCUGAAAUAGAGAAAAUAACACAUUAAAUAAAAUCAUUAAUUGAUUGA